AUGGUUGUCUUUCGCUCUUGGCUGCUCUGCGUUUGCAUCACCCUCCAGUACUUGUGCUUCCUCUUUUUUCUCCCCUCGUUCUCGUUCGGGAGGAAACCUCGGAGUCCUCGUUUCCCGAAAGAAGAAACGAAUAGGAACGACAGUCGUGUGAUUCAAACGCGAUUUUUGAUGCAACUGUGCGCGUGUUUGCUUGGAUUUCUCCUCGUUUUGUGGUGGUUGAGAGAGACGAUGUCUUUUGAGGAGGUGUUCGUGAUGGUGUGCACGGGUGGGGAAACGAAGAAGAACUUUCUCAUCAGCUCGUCGAAAAUGUUUGGUAUUCUUGGUGUCGCGAUGGAUGUGACGACGGACCUCUUCUUUGGUCUCGCGGUGACGGGUUUAGUGUAUCUCGGACCGGUGGUGUGCGCGGUCUUUCGAUCAUCCGCGAUGAUGCAUCAGCGGUCAGGUGAUGAUGAUUACGAUGAGAACGAGGAUGAGAACAACGAGCACAACCUUAAAAUUAUCGACGGUAUGUUUCGAUUCUUAUUCGGACACCACCGCGAAAACGCGGAACGAUACGGCCGGCUCGUUCCGAUUCGAGAUGUACUCCUCGCGCCGUUCUUCGAGGAGUUCGUCUUCCGCGGCUUGUUGCUCACCGUCCUCCUCGGUACCGGCUUUGAUGAGGGAACUAGGACGACGAGCGGCAGCGCCGCCGUCUCGACGAGGAGCGCGGUGUACGUCAGUCCGCUUUUCUUCGGUUUCGCGCACAUCAACCACUAUUUCGCGCUGAAAAAAGUCUACGGCUCUGCGAAAGCCUCGCGAUUCGUUUUGUUCCAGUGCAUCUACACGACUGCGUUCGGCGCGCUCGCUGGUACCAUAUUCUGGCGGUGCAAAGCCGGCCUCGCCGGCGCGUGGAGUUUACACGCGUCCAUGAACGCGUUCGGCGUGCCUGAUUUUCGACCGUUUCGUCGAAAAACCAAUGCGUUUGAGCCGCCGCAUUUUAGAAGAGGAAGGAGGAAUAAUAGCGAUGAUUAUAAUAGCGGGGGCGUUAAAGGAAAACAUUUCAACGCGAAGAUCAUCAACUGGUUGGAGAGAAUCUGUUACGUUCUCGGCCCUCUGGUCGCGCGCGAAUUCGUUCGGAGUAGGAUUGUAGUUUAG